AUGUCCGAGUCUCGAUUAUUCACUGUUCGACCUCUCUCUAAACAGCCGAAAAAUGAUCUCCGAGAUUGGUUUCGCAUUUACUUAUCGCCGUCGUCCCUGACAUUCCUUAAAUUGCGUGCGGGUGACCUAUGUUUUCUGCAACAAAGCGAAGGUCCGCCGAAGACAGCAAUUGCCUGGACAGCUCUUGAGAAUAUACAGAAUACUGUUGUCCAGACUUCAAAGGUGUUGCAGGAUUGUUAUGGAAUAAAGCUGGGCGACAAACUUACGAUUACUAGAUUGGACGAUUCGUUGGACGAGGUCGCCACAGUGCUUCUAGAGGAGUGCACGGAUUCUGACAAGCUUGCGAACUAUGGAUCGCUGCUUGAUGCAGACAAGCAGCACUGGGAGUGGGCUUUGGAGUACCCUUUGUCAAAAUGCGAGAUUCUUUCAGUUGGCCUGGUUUUCGAUAUGGAACUCAAGGGCCAACGUAGAAGCUUUAAGGUGGCGGAAUUAUGGGCACAAAGCAGCUCUGCAAAAACGAUAUUUCGAUUUACCAAGGCUUCUACCGUCAAGAUUGGGGAUGACAAACAGAAAAUGGCCAGGGUCGCUAAGCUUGAAGUCCGAGAAUCUGGAUUAGGUGGCAUUUCUGACCAGAUCAAGAGGAUAAAUCAAAUUCUCGUGGACUUCAGGUCGGAGAUGCAUCCUGUGUCGAUGCCCCCUUUUUACAAACUCAGUCGAGGAUUGCUCAUUUAUGGCCCUAAAGGAACCGGUAAAACUGCCCUGCUACAGAAGAUUGAAGCUGCGGGUUGGGAGAAAUCAUUCGUAAUUGGAUCAUCCACACUAAGCCGAAGUGUGGGUGAUGGGGAGGCGAAGUUACGCAAGAUUUUCCACGACGCUCUUCUCUCGCAGCCCAGUGUCAUUAUUAUUGACCAGGUGGAAUUCAUCGCUCCAAAGCGCACGUCCCAUGAUUCUUCUUCAUUAGCAUAUGUCCUGUGUGAAAGCAUAGACGCACUAAGAAGUGCUAAGGUUCUUGUGGUAGCGGCAACACGACAUCCGAAUGACGUCGACGAUUCCUUGAGAACACCACAUCGACUGGCAAUAGAGAUUGAGCUAUCAGUGCCCACAGCAGCGGCCAGGGCACAUAUGCUGCGUGCAAUGCGAGGUGAAUCUACUGAGCCGAGCGAUAGUCUCAUAGAGUUUAUGGCUGAAAAAACACACGGUUAUGUCGGUGCUGAUCUUUUUGCUCUACUCCAACUAUCGUGCCGCAAGGCUCGAGAUCGGCUGAUAAUGGCGGGCAGCAUUCAUAAUGACAUCGAUGGCGACGUUUCUGAUAUCGCAGUUCCCCGGGCUGAUCUUCCAGGUGAAGAUAAUUCGGGUGUUCCUCUAACCAUAUGUGAGAUCGACGUUAUUCAAGCUAUGCAAGAAGUCCGUCCUACUGCUAUGAAAGAGGUUUUCCUGGAAACCCCAAAAGUCAGAUGGUCGGAUAUUGGAGGACAACAUUCUAUAAAGAGACAUCUCCAGAAAGUAGUUGAAAGGCCUCUUAAGUUUCCGGACCGGAUGCAAAGGCUCAAUAUUCGAAGCAAGAAAGGAAUCUUACUUUACGGACCUCCAGGCUGCUCGAAGACAUUGACUGUCAAAGCCCUGGCAACAGAAGCAGGUCUUAAUUUCCUAGCUGUGAAAGGCGCUGAGAUCCUCAGUAUGUAUGUUGGAGAAUCAGAACGCGCCCUUCGUGAAAUAUUCCAAAAAGCACGGGCGGCUCGGCCUAGCAUAAUCUUUUUUGAUGAGAUCGAUGCCAUUGCCUCCAAACGCAGUAGUACUUCACAUGGAGGUGUCAACGUCCUUACUACUCUGCUGAAUGAGAUGGACGGUAUUGAGGAAUUGAGAAACGUCCUUGUUGUUGCGGCGACCAACAAACCCGAUGUGCUGGACCCCGCACUGAUGCGUCCAGGUCGUCUGGACAAUAUUAUUUACAUCGGACCACCGGAUUUCGACGCGCGUAAGGAGAUCAUCGAAAUAUGGUUCAGGAAGUCAGUUGUCAGCUCCGAGGUAAAUAUUGAUGAGUUGGCGGCAAAGACCGAGGGUUAUUCUGGUGCAGAAAUCGUACUGAGGUUGCAGUCUCGCCCUUUAUUUUUUAGGUUUGGUAACUGGCGUAAAGCAGACGGAACCGACUUUUACUACACCUGGGGAUAUCUACGUACCUCGCAAGCUUUCAAGGAGCAAACUUUGAAAGCUUUUACCUACUUAUCUAGAUACAUAAAUAAGGAUGUUCUGGACAUCAAGGCUUUUCCGGGAAAGUCUCUACGGAACAACAUCAAUCUGUUAUCCUCGCAAAGCUCAGCACUGAAAAGAUGUCGACGAGGUCACUCUCCCGGGGACGAUCUCGAACUCGGUCUCCAGCGUUGUCUUCUCAUACAGACAGGUCACCCUCUGGUUCUUUUCGUCGCUCUAUCUCGCCUCGCUCCGUAUCAAGACACCGAACUACGAGCCGGAGUCCAUCUCAACAACGGCAAUUUGAUCGUCGCAACGGACACCGAGGAAGGAGCUGGAGUCGCUCUAUGUCACGAAACAGAGAAUACUCCCGAAGUCCCAGUAGAACUAGAGGCGGACGGUGGCCCCGGGAUAGAAGCUAUACCAGGAGCCCCAGUCCCAGAAGUCCCCCUCGAAGGAGUUCAAAGGUUCGAUGCCCAUAGUAUUGUUGUCGAGAAGUUGACGAAGAACGUUACGGAGGAUCAUCUUUAUGAAAUAUUUGGAAGCUUCGGUGAGAUCCAGAGCCUUGAUUUGCCCAUGAACAGAGCAUUUAUGACCAACAGAGGCACCGCAUACAUUGUGUACUAUGAUGUUGCCGAUGCAGAAGCAGCUAUCUCUCAUAUGCAUGAAGCCCAGCUCGACGGAGCUGUCUUGAAGGUCUCUAUUGUUCUGCCCCGGCGAACAUUCUCGCGGUCUCCUCCGCCUGCGCGGCGCACUGGGAUGGAAGGUUCUCAUUCUGCACAUGGCAGAGAAGUGUUAAAUAGUGGCCGUCAGUCUUCGGGCACUUUUCAUCCCCUCGUCGUUCUCGCUCUUGGUCAUUACGAUCCAUGUCAGCGUCGCCUCCUCCAAGAAGGAGAGACUCCCCUCGCAGAGAUAGCCCAAGGCGCCGUAGACGCCGUAGCCCGAGCUAUAGCAGCUACAGCUCUGUGA